AUGGCGAGGAGCAGCAGCGGUGCUGAGAUGAAGGAGGGCGGGGCGACAGCAGCAGGAGCGGCGGGAGCGGCAGGAUCGGAGGGAUCUCCCUCCCUCUCCCUCCCCCUCCCUCCCUCUCCCUCCCUCUCUCUCCCGCUCCCUCUACCUCCUUCCCUCUCCUUCUCCCUUCUGGAGUACCGCCACCUGUGGAACAUGCGAGUGCUGCUGCGGCCGGUGCUGCUGGGAGCCAUCCUCCGCGCCACUGGCAACGCCAUGCCCUCUGCUGUGCCCGCUAGAGGAGCGUGGUUACAGCAAGACAUAGCGCGCACAGCAGCGUUCGCCCAGCUGCCGCGCAUCUCCGUCCCACCGGGCUUCGGCUCGCCGCGCUUCUCCACGCUGCGCUGCCAGCGCCUGCUCACCGCCCUCGCCCUGCACCAGGGCCACGACUCGCCUGAGCUGCUGGCCCUCACUCGAGCGCUCUUCACCACCAUCUGGACCGCUCCUGCCCCCCACCGCCCUCCUCCCUCUGCCCACUCCACCGCAACCACCCCGCACACCGCCUCCACAGCCGCCUCCUCCUCGCUCUCCUCCUCCUCGCUCUCCUCCUCCUCGCUCUCCUCCUCCUCGCUCUCCUCCUCCUCGCUCUCCUCCUCCGCCUCCUCCCCCUCCGCCUCUCACUCCUCCCCGUCUGACAUCUCACCCCCACCCCCAUCGCGCAGCGACAUCACGGCGCCGGCCUUUCUGCGCCACGCGUGCUGCCGGGCCGGCAUCCCUGCGUGGCAGCAGGAUGAGCUCCUUGCUGCUGCCGCCACGCCCGCUGUCAAGCACACUCUGACCGCGAGCACACAGGCGGCCAUAGAGGGGGGCGCAUUCGGAGUGCCGACGCUCUUCAUCCACCCCACCACUCGCCCCGUGCGUCUGGCCACAGGCGCCACGCUCUCCCCCUCCCGCCCCCUCAUGCUCUUUGGCUCCGACCGCUACGAGCAGCUGGCGUGGCUGCUGGGGCUGCCCUGGCACGGCCCCAACCCUCCAGUGGCAGCGCUCUGA